CGCGGGAGCCGAUGGAAGCUGCGGAUGCCAGCCUCUGGUGCCUGCAGGCUUCGGUGCCAGCCCGCCGAGAUUAGGAUGUGGCUGGCUGACUAGUUUCCAGAGGCUGAGUGAACUAUAGAUCACCAAAUACAGCAGCUCAUCAGGAAGAUCCUGUUGCCUUGGGGGGAACACACCUCCCGGGACCGCAAGGGAUGCUGGCACUCAACUGCCAACUGAAACCAGCUCUUCCUCGGGUUUUCUGUUGGCUCUGGGCUGUGAUGGGGAAACUGCAGAGCAAACUCAGACACAGCACUUACAAAUACAGGCCUGAUGGAUUUAUAGAAGAGAGAGUCCAGACUAAAGCCUCCCAAGAGUACAGCCCCGCUCACGUGGACACUGUCUCUGUGGUUGCUGCUCUGAACUCAGACCUUUGUGUCUUUGGAGGAAAAGACAAGACCACUGUGGCCUAUAACUGGAGAACUGCACACGUGGUCAAAAGGUUCAGAGGACAUGAGCGGGAAAUCACUAAGAUAGCCUGUCUUCCCGGGCCAAGCCAGUUUUUCAGCGCCUCUCGAGACAAGACAGUCAUAAUGUGGGACCUGCAGGGCUCUUCGGAGCCCAGGCAGCAACUGUCUGGCCAUGCCAUGGUGGUCACUGGCUUGGCUGUGAGUCCAGACUCAUCUCAGCUGUGCACCGGCUCUCGGGACAACAGCCUGCUUCUGUGGGAUGUAGGUACUGGACAGUGUGUGGAGAGAGCGUCUGUCUCCAGGAACCUGGUCACCCAUCUGUGCUGGGUCCCCAGAGAGCCAUAUGUUCUCCAGUCCUCCGAGGAUAAGACCAUCAGAUUAUGGGAUAGUCGGGGGCUUCGGAUGGCUCAUGUGUUUCCCCCAAAGCAGCACAUUCAGACCCACUGUGAAGUCAGCGUGGACGGACGCACGUGUAUCUCCUGCAGCAGCGGCUUUGAGGGCGAAGGCUGUGAAGCCACAUUGUGGGACCUAAGGCAGACAAGAAACAGAAUGUGUGAGUAUAAGGGGCAUUUCCAGACCGUUGCAUCCUGUGUCUUUCUACCAAAAUCCAUGGCCUUGAUGCCUAUGAUUGCUACCUCAGCACAUGACUCCACGGUGAAGAUUUGGAAUCAAGAUACUGGAGCUUGUCUUUUCACCUUGUCUCUGGAUGGAUCAGGACCCUUGACCUCCCUGGCUGUUGGUGACAUGACCUCCUUGUUAUGUGCAAGUUUCUACAGAGGAGUUCACUUACUAAGAGUGGACCACAGCCGAGGGCUGGAACUGCAGGAAGUGGCAGCCUUCUGAAGCCAAGAGACAUUGACUGGACAAUAUCAUACUAGGGCCCCUCCUUUCUGUGUGGCUUUGUGUUUUUCCACAUGAUCUUGGGGAGCAGGGUGCAAGUCUGGUGUUCUUUUCUUAGGAUCACUUAGAAGGUGUAUCAGGGUUAGAUGUUGGUUUAAGUUUGUAAAAAAUUGUUUGUUUGUACCAGGAUCACUCUGUAGCCCAGGCUGGACUUGA